AUGGGGAAGAAGCGAAAGCACAGCGAGACGGAAGCUCCGGCGGCGGUGAAGAAGAGCGAUGAGUCUGCUCCGGAGAGACCCAAAAGGACUCUAUUGGGAUGGAAAGAUAAGAACGAAGUUGCUGCGGAAUCUAAAGAUGCUUCGUCUUCAUCUGUGUUUAGGAACAAAGAGAAGGUUUUGGUCACUUGUUCCCGCCGAAUCAAUUACAGGUAUCGGCAUCUGAUGUUGAAUAUAGUUUCGCUUCUGCCACAUUGUAAGAAGGAUAGUAAAGUUGAAGCUAAGAGUAGCAAAGGUGCGACUUUGAAUGAGCUCGUUGAGCUCAAAGGAUCUUCGUCCUGUUUGUUCUUCGAGUGUAGGAAACACAAAGAUCUUUACCUAUGGAUGGUCAAAUCUCCAGGUGGACCAUCUGUGAAGUUCUUGGUUAAUGCUGUGCACACAAUGGAAGAGCUGAAACUGACUGGAAAUCAUUUGAAAGGGUCACGCCCUCUACUGACAUUCUCAUCCAAUUUCGACAAAGAUGUUCACUGGAAACUCUUGAAGGAAAUGCUUACUCAGGUAUUUGGAAUCCCCAAGGAACACAGGAAAUCUAAGCCUUACCAUGACCAUGUGUUCGUUUUCUCCAUUGUCGAUGACCACAUAUGGUUCCGCAACUACCAGAUCUCUGUUCCUCACAAUGAAUCAGAUAAAAUCGCUAGAGGUGGUCUAGACAAAAUGACCCUGAUCGAGGUUGGUCCAAGGUUUUGUUUAAAUCCAAUCAAGAUAUUCGGAGGCAGCUUUGGAGGACCAACGCUCUAUGAGAACCCCUUCUACGUAUCUCCAAACCAGAUUCGGGCACUGGAGAAAAAGAACAAAGCCGGGAAAUUCGCAAAGAAGAUCAAGGCGAAGACAAGGAGGAAGAUGCAUGAGCUCUCAAACCCAUUGGAGCCUGAUGAGUUUGCAGAUAUGUGGAAAGAUGAUGAAUGA